CUCAAGUACUGGCAGACGAUUGUGGCCGGCGGCACGGCGGGCGUCGUCUCGCGGACGCUGACCGCGCCCCUGGAGCGCGUCAAGCUCGCGGCGCAGACGGGCACGAGCGCGCGCGGCGUGCUCGGCGAGUUUUCGGCCAUUUUGAGAACCGAGGGCGCGCGCGGCCUCUUCGCGGGCAACCUCGCCAACUCGCUGCGCGUGUUCCCGACGGCGGCGAUCACGUGCACGACCUACGUCAACCUGUUGCCUCUGACGCCCGCGGACGACGAGUUCGACGCGCGCGAGCCGCUCUACCGUUCCGCGUGCGCGGGCGCCGCGGCCCUCGUCGGCAACGUUUUGACGUACCCGCUCGACGUGAUCAGGGCGAGGCUGACGGUCUCCGGCGGC